AUGGACGUGCCGGCGACUGGUGGAGGCUCUGGGACAGGAAACGGAGGGUUCCUCGGUGGCGGCUCAGGUGGGGGUGGCAACGUGUCAAACUCCGGGUCGAACAGUAACAAUAACAACGAUUUUUUCGACGGGAUUCCGAGAGAUGUCGCCGACUUGUACACCCCGAGGGAGAUGGUGAAAAUACUGCAAGAGAAAGUCAUCGGACAAGAUCACGCGAAGAAAAUCUUAUCCGUGGCGGUGUAUAACCACUAUAAAAGGAUCGGAGCUAUGCGGAUGAUGAGACGCGCGAGUGGUGGAGGAGGAGGAGAGAGGAGUUUAAAGGAGGAGGAGAUUCAGACGACGACGACUUCGUCGACGACGACUCGCGUGCACAAUAACUUCUCGUCGUCGUCGUCGAGCGAUUUUGAACAACACGGCGGUGGUUUUGGAGGAGACGGAGGAGGAGGACAAGGAUCAGGAGGAGGUCGAAAGACGGAGAUGAACGAGUACGUGAGCAUGCGACCGUACGCGCAUCCGGCGUCGGUGAAGAUUUUUCCGAGCGAUCAGCAAGGGAGUAAGGAUACCGGUUUUUUUGGCGAACAGUCGCAGCGGGAACGCGGGGGACAAAGCGUUUGGGACAAAGAGGAAGACUUUGAAACGCGCGAUUCUUCUUCUUCUGACGACGACGACGAAUCGCUCAUUGAGUUGGAGAAAUCGAACGUUCUCUUGUUUGGCCCGACUGGGUGCGGGAAAACGUUGAUUAUUAAAACUUUAGGCGACAUCUGUAAAGUUCCAGUCGUCACCUGCGACGCGACGACGUUGACCCAAGCCGGGUACGUCGGCGAAGACGUCGAAUCUGUGUUGCACAAGUUAUUACGCGCGGCAAAUUACGACGUCCAAUUAGCUGAACGAGGCAUAGUCUACGUGGAUGAAAUCGACAAGUUAUCUCGCAAAUCCGAAAACGUCUCCAUCACUCGAGACGUCUCCGGCGAAGGCGUGCAACAAGCUUUAUUGAAAAUGGUCGAAGGAACCGUCGUGAACGUUCCGGAAAGAGGCGGUAGGAAACACCCACGAGGUGAAGUCGUCGCCAUGGAUACCAAAAACAUUCUCUUUAUCGUCGGCGGUGCGUUCGUCGGUUUAGAGAAACACGUGAAAGGACGGAUCGAAAAGAAGACGAGCAUCGGGUUUGGCGCGCAGGUCAAAAGCAGCAGCGGAGGAGGAGACGGCGACGCUAAGCACGAGGAGAAGAACAAAACGGCGAAGAAGAACGGGGGCGACCAGGGGCCACAGAUGAAGAAAUCCGGCAUCUUAGCCGGCAUUUCCGAACGCGACGAUAACCUCUUAGCCGCGCACUGCGAACCCGCGGAUUUCGUCUCCUACGGCUUGAUCCCGGAAUUUGUCGGCCGGUUCCCGAUCGUCGCCCCUCUGAAAACCUUGCGCGAAAACGACCUCCGAAGAGUGCUCACGGAACCCAAAAACGCGCUCACGAAACAAUUCGCGAGACUUUUCCGCGCGCACGACGUCAAACUCGACGUCACUUCUUGCGGCGCCAACGAAAUCGCCCGCUGGGCGUCCAUGCGAGGCACCGGCGCUCGCGGUUUGCGAACGAUCAUGGAACGCCUCUUAGCCGACGCGAUGUUUGAAGUCCCGUCGGACCCGACGAUUAAAACCGUCCGUUUGACGGAAAAAAGCGUUCGAGAAGCGCUCACGAAACGAGAGAGCGAGGGCGUCUUGAUCAGCGGCGCCGAGAUGAUUCGAACCUCCCUCUCCUCAUCCUUCUCCUCUUCCUCUUCCGAAAAUAAGGACGACGUUUCAGAAAGCGAAGAGAACGACGAAGCCUCCUCCGGAUAA